GGUGAUGGUGUGGAUCCAUGGAGGUGGUCUGGUGGUGGGCGGGGCAUCCACCUAUGAUGGACUGGCCCUCGCUGCCCUUGAAAACGUGGUGGUGGUGACCAUCCAGUACCGCCUGGGCAUCUGGGGAUUCUUCAGCACUGGGGAUGAGCACAGCCCAGGGAACUGGGGUCACUUGGACCAGGUGGCUGCUCUGCGCUGGGUCCAGGACAACAUUGCCAACUUUGGAGGGAACCCAGGCUCUGUGACCAUCUUUGGAGAGUCAGCAGGAGGACAAAGUGUCUCUGUUCUUGUGUUAUCUCCGCUGGCCAAGAACCUCUUCCACAGGGCCAUUUCUGAGAGUGGCGUGGCCCUGAGUUCUCUUCUGGUCAAGAAGAACGCCAAACCUCUAGCUGAGAAAGUUGCUAUUACCGCUGGGUGUAAAACCACCACGUCUGCAGUCAUGGUUCACUGCUUGCGCCAGAAGACAGAGGAGGAGCUCUUGGAGACCACGCUGAAAAUGAAAUUUUUUACUCUGGAUAUGCUUGGAGACCCCAGAGAG